AUGGAGCGUUCGCAAAGUCGCCUCAGCUUGUCCGCCUCCUUCGAAGCCCUGGCCAUUUACUUCCCCUGCAUGAACAGCUUCGAUGAGGAAGAGGCGGAAGGAGAUGGCCGGAAACUCAAAGGUGCUAUCCAGCGGAGUACAGAAACUGGACUUGCUGUUGAAAUGCCAAGUCGAACUAUCCGGCAAGCCAGUCACGAAUCCAUUGAGGACAGUAUGAACAGCUAUGGAUCAGAAGGAAACUUGAAUUUCAAUGGAGUUCAUCUGGCAUCCACUGGGCAGUUCAGUGAUUUCUUGGGCAGCAUGGGACCAGCACAGUUUGUGGGUCGCCAGACCUUGGCCACUACCUCCAUGGGAGAUGUGGAAAUCGGAUUGCAAGAACGAAAUGGACAGCUGGAAGUGGAUAUUAUUCAAGCCCGAGGAUUGACAAAGCCUGGCUCUAAAACCCUUCCAGCGGCAUACAUCAAGGCCUAUCUCCUAGAAAAUGGGGUUUGCAUUGCCAAGAAGAAAACUAAAGUGGCUCGCAAGUCUUUAGACCCCCUGUACCAUCAAGUGUUACUUUUCCCAGAGAGCCCGCAAGGUAAAGUACUUCAGGUGAUCGUCUGGGGAAACUAUGGGCGCAUGGAACGCAAGCACUUCAUGGGUGUUGCUCGGGUCCUCUUGGAAGAACUGGAUUUGUCCACUCUGGCAGUUGGUUGGUAUAAGCUUUUCCCAACCUCUUCAAUGGUGGAUCCUACUACUGCUCCCCUCCUGCGCCAGUCCUCACAGCUUUCCCUAGAGAGUACAGUAGGACCUUGUUGUGACAGAUCUUAAUGAGCAAGGAAGUACUAAGGGUACUGAUUCUAUUUUUAAGAUCAUGAUCUCAAGGUUUUGUUUGCCUGAACGCUGUCCUCAAGUGCAUUGCAUCUUCAAUCAGUCCCUGGGGGAGUCUGAAGGUGAGGAUAGCCAAGUAACCUUGAUGAAAUCAAAAUGGAGGCCACUGACCUUUCUCCAUCCAAGUAGGAGGAGCUGUGGGGCACAAGUCCUAAUUAUGAAAUGAUGCUGAUAAGACACACUUUUCGGUUUUUCAUUUAUUCACUGUCAUCUACACAUCUUCAGAUCAAUGUAACAUCUUGAAAUGUUGCAACCAUUUAUUCUCAUUGGGGAAGAUGUUCUUUUUUAAUACUAUUUUACAAAUUUGAAAAUAAAAUGAACUUUGGCUAUUCUUAAUUAUUCAAAGCAAACAUCUGACCUAAAUAACAGCAGUUUCAGGGAAACUUUAUGGAGUUUGUAAAUGUUCUUUUUCCUUUUAAAGAAUGGGGAGGAGGGAGAAAGAACUGCAAUUAUUUCUUAGAGCAAGUUGCAUUUAAGGUACAAGUACCAUUGCUGUAUUUUUUUAAUACUGUGCCAAAUUACCAGCAGUGUCUUCUACUACUAUAGGACUUAGGUCAACAAUACUGCUGAAGAAUUAUUUUGUGGGAAGAACUAGAAAUGUUCUAGGUCACUCAGUUGCAACACAGAACAUAGCAAACCACAUAACUGGAACACUGCACAAA